AACACUUUCUUUAUGAAAUAAAAAUCAGGAAAUAUAUGCAACAUCGUCUACAUUGUUGCAUAUAUUUUAACGUUCAAUUCGUUUUCUUUUAUUUCCACAAAAUAGAGAAAAUGACAAUUAUAGUCAUAUGAUUGCAAUUAUAUAAUAUUAAUAGGAUAUGCUAAUAUUAAUAAUUUAUAUUUAUUAACAAUUAAUUAUGAAGACUAAGGAAUUUUUCCUCCCUCCCUCUCAGCCUCCAUCUAUCUGUCUCUGUCUUCUCUCCUCUUAUCCUCUUCAUGCUUUCUUCAUUCUUUCUCUGUCAUUAUGCGUCAUCCAUUUUAAUUAACGCUGACUAAUUCGCUGAUAAGAAGAACGUACGUAUUAUUACGUAAAAACACAUACGUUUAUUCAUAACGCGUUUUUAUGUGACAAAAUAUUAAUUUACACGACGGAUCACGUUUAAAUCAGCGGCGCAAAUUGGCGGCCGGGGGAUCAAUAAUGACGUAUUGUUACAAUUGAUUUCGCCUAGCGUUGCCUGGCAGUGACACGUAUUCGAUAUCGAAUUUCCCUGAUUAUUAUACGACGAGAGGAAUGCAUAACAAUAUAUCCAAUCGAGAGGAAAAAAAAGCCGGCGCUGGUUGCACGAGCGGACAUAGUCGUGGCGGAUUUUUCAACGAUCGAAACUGCACCCGCAGCAUAAUGUCGCUUCCAGUUGCGCGCUACGUUUUUCAUUAUCUUCUUCCUCUCUUUUCUGUGAUCGGGAUAUGCGGUCGAACGGGACUCGCGCUUUCCUUGGGCGACAAAAGUGCAUUGUAUCAGGACUGCACGAUUUUCGAUAAACCUGAUGUAUACGGUGGUCCGGUAUGCGGCGACAACGGCGUGACAUACGCCAAUAGUUUGUACUUAGAUUGUAGAAAUCAUCACAAUCGCAAGACCGUUUCCACACUGCACUCCGGUCAGUGCUCAGAAAACGAAGACUACUGCAACGUUAAUCUGUAUUACGAACCGGUUUGCGGCUCGGAUCAUAAGAUUUAUACUAAUAAGCAAUCUCUACUAUGCGUUCGUCGCAGGCAAUUGUCAGAACUGACAGCUGUGCCGAUGACGGACUGUCCGCAGAACGACGAUUGCUAUCGAGGCGGCACCGAGCAAUACGGGAUGAAUCCGGUCUGCGCGAGCAACGGGCUCACCUAUCAAAACGCGGCGCAGCUCAAGUGCCUGCAACGAUAUAAUCCCGGAUUGCAAAUUAUAUAUGACGGCGGUUGCCACGUGGAAUUUGUUCAUCAGCUUUAUGGUGCGGCGGUCUGUGAUAUCGCGAAAGCGAGAUACGAGUGGAAUCCGGUCUGCGCGUCCGAUGGAGUCACUUAUCCAAAUCCUUUCGUCUUUCUCUGCUUUCGCCCACAUCUAACAGUAAUGUCCAAUUGGGAGUGCGAUACGCACAGCCACGACUCCUGCAUAGAGGCUCACACAAAUACGACGAUCUUGCCGAAUGGCGAAUACGUGAACAACGCCUACACUGCGGACGACGAGGUUUGCGGGAACGACGGUCGCACGUAUCAGAGUAUACAUCACUUACAAUGCCAAACUCGUCACGACAAAUAUGUAUUUCUAAAGCAUCACGGAUCGUGUUCCGGACCGGAUGACCAUCCUUGCGGUUCGAUACCGGCAGAAGAGCACAGACAACCGGUAUGCGGCACCGACGGCAAGUCCUACGUGAGUCCAGAGGCCCUUUGGUGCGCCAAAUUACGCUACCCGAAAAGAGAUAUUGCUUACAGACACGAUGGUCCAUGCUAACGAGGAUAUUGUCAGGAAUCAUGCAGAAGAAUAGCGCGGAAGAAGCUAUUACGCACGUUCGAAAUGUCAAGACGGUUUAAAUCAUGCGAAAAAAAUCAGAAAAUUUUUUCAAAAUGUUUUUUAAAAACCGAUAUAAAUAAGUACACGAUAAAAUUUUUCAUAAAAUUUAAACUGUGUAAGAAAAACUCUAAAUUGAAAACAAAAACGUAAGUAAUGGUGAUAAAAUUUAUAGUUUUAUUGUUAUAUAGGAAUAAUUAUAUACAUUCUUUUAUUUAUUUAUUCCUAAAGUCUAACUUCAUAAAUCGUACAACACAAUUUUAUGUGAUAAUGUUUUUAAUUUUAUAUAAUGUAUGCUAAGAAGAAUAGAAAUGUGAUAUGUGUAUUGUAAAAAAUGCACUAUGUAUAAUGGGCAUAAUCUCUCACGAAGAGAAUAAAAAUAAAAUUUGUAUAAUUAUAUAAUUAAUAACAAUAAUUAAUACGUAAUUAAUUACGUAAUUAAUUAAUCGUAUAUAUAGAAAUCAAUAAUGUUAAUAAAAUUUGUACGUGACAAGACUGUAUCUUCAUUUCUUUUUUAAUAUUAAUUUCUUAUCUCGAUUUCUCUUUAAAUUUUCAAACAUCUCUCGCGUAUGUAUGUACAUUGCUAGUGUUAGAGAAUCAAUAUGAACGUAAAUAUACCAAGGACACAGCUCGUUUGUUUAAUCGUGCGCGCAAUCUCUCUUCAAUUAAAGAACACAAAUAAAAAAAAA